ACUUCAAGUGCCUCUUGUCUUUAGAGCUGAGCUCCCCGUCUUAAUUUCUCCCUCCAUCCAUUAUUCUCAUUCCCAACUCUUCAUCUCUUUGCGCCUCUAGCUGUGAUACCCAUUGCAAUACCAGACUCCUCGACUUUUAGCUUUACUUUGCUCAGCUUCUAUCAUAUCAACGUCGUAUAAUCAGCAAUAUGACUCUCACCGAUGAAGAGCUCGACCGCGACUGGCAGCCCAGUGGCCGUCGCCCCCAAUCCACCAUCGCCCGCUCUUUUAGUGCAGAGUUGAUGGACAUCUUCCGCAUCGAGAACUCGCUCACCGACCUGGAUCAGCAAGUCCACGAUAAGAAGCAAACAGUCGACAAGAACACCGAAGAACUCGCCUCUCUCGAAGCCCGCAUCCGCGAAAUGGAAGAUCGCCUACGUCGCUCUGUAGGCACCACUCAGCGCUCUCCUCUUCCACAGGUCCAGACACAAAACAUCAACCAGUCCCAGACUCAGCAGCAGCAGCCAAGCUCCCUUGAUGCUCCCACGGACGACUCCAAGGCUCGCUCUCGACCGGGAACGGCCCGCGCUUCUCAGCAAGCUCCCUCCUCGGGCAACAUGCCCCCGACCCCGGGUGCCAGUGAAGGUGAAUACUACGUCGUCACCCGUGAUGACUUGCAAGACGGCCCGCGCUGACGAAUAUUUUUGACUUUUUUAUAAAGACGGAGACCAUGAAUAAAGCAAUCUGACCAUUUUUUGCUGCUCCCUUUCUCUCCAUGAACCAUUCAAUUCUAUCGAGGGCCAACUCUCACUCAUCACCGCCAGUCAGCCUCUUACAAGAGAUGAUGUCGCCCCUCUUGAGCUAGUGAGCGGUAGCGGGCGCGGAGAACCAACGGCUGAGCUGCAUGCAACCCUUGGCCAGACCAGGCCAGACCAGACCAGACUGCAAUCUCUCACUCCAACCCGACCGUUCAUCUUUAUGGGGAACAUGUUUCAAGACUGACUCGGCGCAACCCUCGACGACUGGCCAAUUCAUUGUUUCGAAGAAAGCCACGAAUUACAGCCGAGGCGCAUUAAUAACGUCAAACGCCCUCGUCUAUUUUUUAUUAUCAUUUACAAUGCUUUCCGGUUGCUGGAGUUUUCAGGAGCCGGGGGAAACCAACGGCGCAUCCCCAGCCUGAAGUCCUCCCUUUUUUUGUCGUUCGCUACCAAGAUUCCCGGCGUUGAUAGAGGCAGCAUUUGCAACAUUAUUUUACCAUUAUUUUGAUCCUCUCGCUUCAACUGUUGCGUCAGGCUGCUGCAUAUUGUUUAUGGGAGGAUAGCGUCCACGUUCACGUCUUGCAUGAGUAGUGGAUUGGAUGGAACUGGACUGGACUGGGAGGGGGGACUGUUUGUAUGAGUUGAGAUGAGAUGGAAUGAAUAGGACGGGAACGUAUUUGGAUGGACUCGUAUUGCAUGUCAAUUGAUAGCAAGUGCAUCAACAGCGCCUCAAUCGACUUUGAAUUCACGGCCGAAAUAAUGAGGUUUAUAUGUAUCUUUUCCAGCUAACGGACGGGUGGAAAUAUACGGGUGAGCCUUUACCUGGUCACUUGAACAAUGCCUCACUUCUGCCCUUGAGAGUUCUAAUAUCCCUUUGACUUUAUUACACAU